AUGACUGGUCGCGGGAACGCGGGAGGGCGAAAGACGCUCCUUGCGCCAAUUCACUUUAUUUUCAAGCUGCUGCAACAACGCUCCACGGUGUCGAUCUGGUUAUAUGAGCAGCUUUCUUUUCGCAUAGAAGGAAAGAUUCGCGGAUUUGAUGAGUUUAUGAACCUGGUCGUGGAUGAUGCUGUUGAGGUUCGUUUGGCGACAAAGAGUGAGGAGGAAAAGCGACGGAAUUUAGGUCAAAUACUCCUCAAAGGCGAUAACGUGUCACUCAUUCAAGCUGUUCAAUGA